UAUGCUUCUGUCAAACAAACUCAAACUUCCUUUUCCGUGUGGCAUGGUGACGGCCUAAGUUACCAAAAUGCCGCAGAACGAAUACAUUGAACGCCAUCAAAAGCUAUAUGGUAGGAGGCUCGACUAUGAGGAGCGCAAGAGAAAACGUGAAGCGCGAGAACCCCACAAGAGGGCCGAGAAAGCGCGCAAGUUGAGAGGCAUCAAAGCUAAGAUCUACAACAAAGAGCGGCGCAAUGAAAAGAUACAGAUGAAAAAGAAAAUCAAAGCACAUGAAGAGAAAAAUGUUAAGCAAAAUACCGAAAAAGUUGCUGAGGGUGCAGUACCUGUUUACCUCCUCGACAGAGAUGUCCAGUCACGAGCUAAAGUGCUAUCCAACAUGAUCAAGCAAAAACGUAAAGAAAAAGCUGGUAAAUGGGAUGUCCCGAUACCCAAAGUCAGAGCACAGGCUGACGCUGAGGUCUUCAAAGUAUUAAAGUCUGGUAAAUCGAAAAGAAAAGCUUGGAAACGUAUGGUCACAAAAGUUACCUUUGUUGGAGAGAACUUCACUCGCAAACCUCCGAAAUUUGAACGUUUCAUUCGACCAAUGGCGCUUAGGUUUAAAAAAGCUCAUGUUACUCAUCCAGAGUUGAAAGCAACAUUUUGCUUACCUAUUAUUGGUGUUAAAAAGAACCCUAGUUCACAGAUGUAUACUAGUUUAGGGGUUAUAACGAAGGGUACAGUCAUUGAGGUUAACAUUUCAGAGCUUGGUUUAGUAACGCAGGCUGGUAAAGUUGUAUGGGGAAAGUAUGCUCAGGUUACCAACAACCCAGAGAAUGAUGGUGUAAUUAAUGCUAUACUGUUGGUAUAAGUUGAAUAUGUAAUAGAUGUUUCUGCCACAAUAAAGAAAUAAAUUAAUUACAA